AUGGCUUCGAUAGGGGUUCAAGUUGACACAAUUUCUGGAAGAGGGCCAGAAAGAGGAAGAAGUAUUGUUACCGAAUUCACGGCCAAAAUUCGCAGAGAGCGGGGUUUCGCAAGAGGACAGUACGCUAUUCCUACUGCGAACGAAUUGGCAGUCGUAUACGUGGGAGAAGAAAACGACGUCCCUGCAAGUAGGAGUCUUGCUGUCCAUCUUCGACAGGCUGCAGGAUCAACGUUGAUGAACAUCAGUGACAUAGAUAAACGUUGCGAUCUUCUCACGUAUCCACUCCUCUUUCCAACCGGUAGAGGUGGACGGGAUCCGAACUUAGUUGAUAAUGACGGAGCUCGAAUCACUCAAAUGAAGUAUUACUCCCACCUGUUCUCCGUUCGUCAGUCUUUCAAUCCAAUUCUGCAUGCUGGUAAACUCUUUCAACAGUUUGCUGUUGACGCUUACGUCAAGAUAGAGCAGAACAGACUAAAUUACAAAAGGACGGAUCAGAUCAAUCUUCGUUCUAAUUCCUAUAGAGGGUUACAUGAUUAUUUGGCCGGUGAAGAUAGCCAUGGACCACCAGGAAGCAGUUAUCUUGGCGUCUUCACACAUUGA